AUGUCUAGUAACGUCGUCGUCCAGAAAGAGAAUAAAUCUAAUGAAGAUGCAGAACAGCGUUUAACAAAUAAUGAUCCGCAAUUGGCUAAAAUCUUUCCAGAAGAAUUAGCUGGUUGGCAUGGAUAUAUCGAAUGGGAAAAUUAUCCUGAACGUUGCAAAAAAGCCAAUGAAAUUUUGACAGCUCAUAAAGGUCAAUUUACACAAAUUCCAGAAUUUCAACUGAAGCCGCUGCCUGAAACAAAUCCAAUUCUCAUUGGACAUCGUUGGAAAGAAUAUUUUGCUGUGCUUGGUCCUACACUCAAAGAUGUUCCAGGUGAAUCAUGGGCAACUGUACAAAAGGAAAAAGCAGCUGAUAUGAUUCAUGUACUCGAUUUUCCAUACAACGGUGAACCACCUCGCGACAAACUCAUGCAAAAUAAGACAACUCCAAAUGAGUAUCAUUUUGUGCGCAAUCAUGGUGGUAUUCCGACUAUUGAUGAGAAAGCGUAUCGUUUGACAAUUGGAGGAUUGGUAAACAAACCGCAAACUUUGACACUUGCUGAUCUUCAAGAUGUCAAUAAAUUUGAACCAGUCGAACUGACUGUAACCCUUCAAUGUUCUGGCACACGUCGUAUUGAACAAAUUCAUGAAUAUCCAGGCGAAGGCGAUGAACUCAUUAAUGCUCCUUGGGGUGAAGGUGCAAUCAGUACGGCACGCUAUCGAGGAGUGUCUCUCAAGAAAGUACUCAAAUACUGUGGCGGAAUGCAGGCCGAUGCUAAUCAUGUCGAAUUCAUUGGAGCGGAUACAUAUUUUAAGAAACUAAAUGUGUUCAAUUAUGCAGUCAGCGUACCACGUCGAAAGGUAGAAGCUGUCAAUGAAGUUCUACUCGUCUGGGAGAUGAAUGGUAAGCCACUACCAGCUAUUCAUGGAGCUCCGAUACGUGUUGUCGUUACGGGUUUUAUUGGAGCGAGGUCUUGCAAGUGGUUGGCACGAAUCAAUGUUCUCAAUGAACCAUCUCGAGGUCCCGUACAACGACAAGAAUACCUUUACUAUGGACCACAAGUUGGCAAGCAGAACGUUCUCUUUUCCAAUGGAUUUUCCAUUCAAGAGAUGCCUGUAUCCUCGGCCAUUAUGACUCCCAAGGAUAAGGAAGUGGUAGUGCAUCAGGGUAAGAUUCAUGUGACUGGAUGGGCUUAUUCUGGUGGAAGUAGAUGGAUAGAAAGAGUUGAUGUAUCGCCUGAUGGUGGGCAUAUUUGGUAUCAAUGUCAUCCAGAUGAUAUGACUGAAAAACAUUAUCAUGCUUGGCGUUUAUGGAAAAUUGAUCUUCCGGUGGUUGCUGAAGGUUGGCUCGAAUUAUGUGUUCGAGCUUUUGAUAAUGCAUGCAAUACACAGCCCACUUUUGUGCGCAGCACUUGGAAUUGGGAUUUACAUGUGACAAGUUCAUCGCAUCGAAUCAAAAUCUACUCUGUCAACGCAUCACACAAAGCUACUGCUCAGAGAUUACGCGAAAUCGAGGAACAUGGUGAUUCAUUGGAACCUAUUACUCGGCCUCUCAUGUUUCGUAUCGAGAGCGAGGAACACUAUGAAGAAGACAUCAAGAAACAUCCACGAGAUCCAGUAGACUAA